UUAUAAACAUUCAUUAUCAGUAUUUGGUGCAACGUGCAAAUUUAAAAAUUUAUUCAAUUUAUAAAAAUUUAAUAAUGCCAUUUAAAGUUUAAUAAAUAUGACAUCCUCUGAAAUAUUAGAGGUAGCUAUAGUAUCUGAUGGCACUACAGGUGCCUCAGUAUGGGAUUUUACCAAUGGAACAAUGCUUAAAACAUACAGACAUACUGCUUCUAUAGGUCAAAAUGGAUUGAGUUUAUUAGGGACAGAUUACCUUUUAGCUGCAGACAAAGGACCAUUAAUACAUACCUGGCCUAUUAAUAGUCAAGAAAAAACACAUCAAGUCCGUAUGUUGUGUGCAGGAAAAAUAAAUGCUUUGGCAACUAGUCCUGAUGGUCUUUAUAUUGCUGUUGCCAUUGCUGAAAAACUUCAAGUUUGGAUGGCAUGUUCUGGUAAAAUGUUAUCAACUGUAUGUCAACAUUUUCAACCUAUUACUAUUAUUAAAUGGUCGCCAGAUGGAUCUUAUUUAGUUACCGGUGGUGAGGAUGGUUUAGUAUGUGUUUGGGAAUUAGGAAGAUUAAUUAGUAUUUCUCAAUCUUGCAUGCCACAAGUCUUUCAUUUGGGUGAUCAAACAGAUCAAUCUGCACCUAAAUUCACUUAUUCUGAUCAUUCUGUACGAAUUACUGGAAUUUAUAUUGGUAAUUCUUCUAGAUGUAUAAGAUUGUUUACAACAUCAGUUGAUAAAACAUGUAAAAUUUACGAUCUAUCCAUAGGUAUAAUGUUACUUUCAAUAGCAUUUGAUACUGUUCCAUCGAGUCUGACAGUAGAUUCUGUUGAAACAUCUGUAUAUAUUGGUACAAAUACUGGCCCUAUUCGUUCAUUUGAUCUAACUUCUCCUCCAAGAACUCGAGAAUGUUAUUUAUCCGAUAAAGAAUGUGGAAUAAAAUUUAUUGGGCAUUCAAAAGCUGUGUGUGCAUUGAGUGUAUCUUUGUUUUGUGAUUUGUUAGUGUCAGGUUCAACAGAUUGUACUGUCAGAACAUGGCAUAUAGCAAGUCGCCAAUGUUUACGUACAAUUCAAUUUAAAGGGCCAAUUAUUAAUAUGUUCUUAGUUUUAACACCUCGACAAUUAACUGCUAAUGAGUUAGAUCCUAAUGUUAUUUUAAGAAGUUUUAAAAAAAGUGACGAAGAAGAGAAAAAUAGUAACAAUAUUGAAGUGUAUUGUAAAAAUGAUUUGUAUGAUGAAGAUGAUGAAAUGCCAAAUAUUAAAGUUGACUCUACUUUGCGAGAAGAGCUAAAUAAAUUAACAGCAAUAAAUGCUAAAUUAUAUGAAUUUGCUCUUAAUUCAAUUUUAAAUAAUGAAGAAAAUAAAAUUAGUGAGGAUAUUGAUUUAAAUAGUUUUUCACCAGUUGGUCUAGGAGAUUCAAAUGAGCAAAAUGAUAAUCACAUAGAUCCAAAUGAAGAUGAUUUAGUGGAAUCAGUAGAAUCACCUCCUAAAAAGAAAAGAGCUAGAAGAAAAAACAAAAAAAACAAAGAUAACAUUACUGUGUAUAAAUAUUCAUAGAGUAAAUUACUUGAUUGUUUGUUAAAAAGUAAAUAAAUGAUUUUGAAUAAAAU